AUGUCUGUCGCCUCUAAGAACCCUUUUGGCCUCCUCAGCGAGGAUGGUGAAGCCCCUGCUGUCGUUGUGAAGGGAGGUGAUGCGAACACCCGUGGUGCUAAGACCGAAACUUCGGCUCGGGGAGGCAACACCGGACGUCGUGGCUACUCUGGUAACGAGGCUGCGUUCCGUGACCGUAAUGCAGGCAGCGACCGCAACCGAAACAAGGGUACCGAUGACGGCACGCGAGGCCCUCCCAGGGGCGGCUACGGCGCUCGUGUUCGUGGAGGACGUGGCUCUCGCUACCCUCGCGACCGUGACGACCGUCACGCCAAGAACAUCGCUCCUGGUUCCGAAAAGCAGGCUGCUCAGUCCUGGGGCGCCGCUGAGGGCGAGGCCGAGCUGAAGGACGAGGUCGCUGGCGAGGAGAUCGCUAAGACCGAGGCUAAGGCUGAAGGCGAGGGUGAGGCCAAGGAGGCCGUCGAGCCCGAGCCUGAGGACAAGCACAUCUCGUACGAGGAGUACCUCGCCCAGCUCGCCCAGAAGAAGCUGGCUCUCGAGGGUCCCUCCCAAGUCCGACAGGCCAACGAGGGUAGCAAGCUUGAUAAGAAGUGGGCCAACGCCAAGCCCCUCGUCAAGGACGAGGACGACGACUUCAUCUCCGCCUCCGGCGCCGGCAAGGCCAAGCGUGAGCGUGAGCGAAAGGUCAAGCAGGUUGUCGAGAUUGACCAACGCUACGUCGAGCCUGAGCGAACUCGCGGUGGACGUGGUGGACGUGGCGGUUCCCGUGGUGGCGCUCCCCGUGGCGCUCCCCGCGGUGGCCCCCGAGGUGGUGCUCGUGGACGUGGUGAUGGCCCUCGUGGAGAGAACGGCCGUGGCCGUGGCGGUAAGGACGUCACCAUCAAUACCAACGACCAGCAGGCCUUCCCCUCGCUCGGCAAAUAA